CAACACAGUUCGCAAAAUUUCAGGUUUCUCUCUUUCACUCCUUACGAUUUUUAUAAUCCUCUCGAUAAUUAAGUUCGAUUGCUUAUAGGACUUGUUUUUAAACCGGCUGAUACACAGAUUCGACUUUGUUUCUAGCUUAAUCGAUUCGAUUUUGCCAGUUCCUUCAGAAAUUGACAUCGAAUUUCACUUUUUCUUAUCUGGGAUUGACGAAAUUUAGUUCCUUUACGGUUUAAUUUUGAGAUUGAUCCCGUCGAUUUUUUUUCGCGAUUUCUAGGGUUUGGUGUUUUGGGCUCGUAGGCUUUUUUUUCAGUAUCUCUCUCAGCAUUUUCCGAUUUCAUAAAACAUGGCGGAGAUACAGACGAAUGGAAGGGCGUACGAGUCAUUAUUGGAAAAGGUUCUUUCAAUGAACAUUCUUUCUUCUGACUAUUUCAAAGAGCUAUAUGGUUUAAAGACUUAUCAUGAGGUUAUUGAUGAAAUCUACAACCAAGUUAAUCAUGUGGAGCCGUGGAUGGGUGGAAACUGCCGUGGUCCUUCGACAGCGUAUUGUCUUCUCUACAAAUUCUUUACCAUGAAACUUACUGUGAAGCAGAUGCAUGGGUUGUUGAAGCACACAGAUUCUCCUUAUAUUAGAGCGGUUGGAUUCCUAUAUUUAAGAUAUGUUGCAGAUGCAAAGACGUUGUGGACAUGGUAUGAACCAUACAUUAAAGAUGAUGAGGAGUUUUCACCUGGAUCAAAUGGACGGAUGACGACAAUGGGUGUUUAUGUACGUGAUCUGCUGCUUGGACUGUACUACUUUGAUACUUUGUUUCCUCGUAUACCUGUUCCCGUGAUGCGCCAGAUUGUAUCAAACCUUGAGAAGAUGAAUUUACCAACUAAACCUUCUGGAUCAACCGGAGACAUGACCCGUGGCUCAGAAGACACUGCCCGUCGUCCACCAUCAGUAAAAGCAUCCCUCUCUGUAUCAUUUGGUCAGCGUGCACCUCAUCGUGCUUCCACCAGAGGCUCCUCUCCGGUUCGCCGUCCUCCACCGUCUGGUUAUGACAGAAAUGGAGGCGAUGAAGUAAAACAGCGGUCCCCACGUAGAAGCCAGAGCCGAGACUAUUAUUCCGAUAGAGACUCAGAUAGACAGCGGGAGAGAGAGAGGGAGAAAGACCGCGAAAGGGACAGAGACAGAGACAGAGACAGAGACAGAGACAGGGAGAGGGAGAGAGAUAGAUACAGAGAAAGAGAAAGGGAUUAUGGUAAUGAUAGGAGAUCAAGGCGUGACUAUGAUAGUAGAAGCAGACGCAAUGAUUACGAGGAUGAUAGAAGCAGACAUGACCGGAGAAGCAGGAGCAGAAGCAGAAGUAGGAGCCGGAGUGUGCAGAUUGAGCGUGAACCAACUCCUAGCAACAAGGAGAAAUCUGCUGUGACUGUGAACAGCAAUCUCGCAAAGCUAAAAGAUUUGUAUGGAGACGCUAGUAGUCAGAAAAGGGAUGAAGGAUUUGGAACAAGGAGAGAUUCAAGUUCAGAAGAAGUGAUAAAGCUUGGUGGUUCUUCUUGGAGGUGAAAAAACAAAAACUGUGGAUUUAAAAUGCUUCUUCUAUUUAGUAGGAUGAUGCAUGUUGUUUAACUAUACUGUUUUGAUUUCCAGCAAGCUAUUUGUUAUAUGCUUUGAUAUUACAGUUUUAGAAUUGAUCUUUAUCUUGAAUUUGUUUACACUAUGUGUUGGGUUUUAACUUUCUUACAUAUUUUGUGUGUUUCUCAGUCCACAUUUAGAGUCAACUCUUCCCAUGGAUUUGGGUGGAGACUGGUCGAAGAUGAUCGUCAGUAUAAAAAGUGGUAUUUACA